GCCAGCGACACCAUUAAGCACUGAGUACUGCCUACACAGUACCUGCAACCUCAAUGCUUCCGUUUGCGAGCUUUUGUCUCUAGUAGGGCAUUCCUUAAACUCCCAUUUUGAUACCUAUGUAACCCUCAAUUCACUUUAGACCAUGAUCUUCUCCGACGCCGCUUAUUUCCCUCACUCAUAUCUCCUACUACAACCCUUCAGUUCGUCCAUGGCCCAACAUGUCGACCUUCAAUGGCGUCAUCCACGAGUUCCCGGACAUCAGAAUCGAUUACUUCCGGGGCUUCGACCGUCAGCCCCCGCUGGCCUGUUUUCUCAGCCACGUGCACAGCGAUCAUCUUGCUGGGCUUGACAAGCUCCGAAGUCCCUUCGUUUAUUGUUCAGCCGCAACUCGGGAAAUCCUGCUGCGACUAGAAAAGUAUCCAUGUCGUCUAAACUACGCCAAGGGGAUCUUUGAAGAUCCCCGGAUGCAAACGUACAAGCACCUGGCCAAGGUGCUUAAGCCUAUCCCUCUGGAUACCCCCACAGAGGUUGAACUAGAGCCUGGUAGAACUAUCCAGGUCACGCUCCUAGAUGCAAAUCAUUGUUCUGGCGCUGUAAUGUUUCUGAUCGAAGGUGAUGGCAAGGCUAUCCUAUAUACCGGAGACAUCAGAAGUGAGCCGUGGUGGGUUAAUUCCAUUGCCAGGAAUCCGACGAUCCUGCAAUACUCAAUGGGGAUCAAGUGUCUCGAUUGUAUCUACCUUGAUACUUCCAUUGUAGACAACUUCCCACUACAAUCCAAAGCUGAAGGCAUUUGUGAGCUUUUAGAGAAAGUCGCACGGUACCCGAAAGAUACCAUCUUCUUUAUGCAAGCAUGGACCUACGGGUACGAGGAGGUUUGGGUCGCUCUAUCCAAAGCCCUGAAUUCAAAGAUUCAUGUGGACACGUACAAGAUGGGGGUAUUUAAAUCUCUGGCCACAAAACUCAAAGAUAAUCGUUUCGCGGCCCAAACGCACUUGACUAAAGAGGCCCCCUAUCUUGCAGGCUUCACGUGCGGCAACAAUCAGCGCGAGGGGUGUCUGACGCUAAAUGAAGACGUACGAAUCCAUAGCUGCGAAAAAGGCACGGCUUGCGCCGUCGUGGAGAGUAAGCCAAUUGUCUGGAUCAAGCCAAUCGUCGCACAUCUUAAGGAAGGGCGGGACAUGGUCGAGGUAGGCAUUGGCGGUGGUGGCGAUGACCUCACACAUAAACCGAGCCUUGAGAUCGGCGACAUCUUGGCUUGGUGCGAGAAAAACAGCCAAGGCGACCAAUCCUUGGACAAAGUAAGAGAUAGCAUCAAGGAUAUUCUCGAGAGCAUGCUACUAGGGUCUAGAGACAUCUGCCUCGACAUGGACCUAUCCGAUUUCAAGAAAGAGGAAUCCACGGCGAAGAUCUUCGAAACCCUCGCCAAAAAGGCCAAAGACAUCCAAAACCCGACAAAGAAGGUCGAGGAUAGCGAUCCAAGCAACCUGCUACCCAGGCAAAUCGUCUUUCCGUACGCCAGACACUCAUCACUACCCGAACUUCGUCAUUUGGUCCACACCUUCAAACCCAAGAAUGUCUGGCCGUGCACCGUGGAUCCUGUGCGUUGGGAGGAAAGAGGCCACAGCAUCCAAGGGCUCUUUGGGGACUGUUGUUCUGGCGACGUCUUUAAACACGACCUCCUAAUGGAAGAACAGUUCGAAGAGAGGCGCAGGCUAAGAGCGGGGAGUGAAGACCGGGAACACGGGUCUCAGCACACGACGAUAUCUAGUUUGGGGAUGCUUUCGAGCCCUAUGUCAUCAUCUCACCACCCCAAAAAUAUCAGCAUGACUGAUGACAAGGAGACCACGCCGACGGCAGAGACCCCGCGCGUAGCAGGACAAAACAACCCCUCAGUCCCCAAUGCCCUACUCCAGCCCCCUCACUCGCAUAUCUCACUGCCACUGCCACCACCACCAUCACCAUCACCAUCACCACCGCCCACCCUCAACAAACGCAACUACGAAUCCUUCCAGCACGACUAUACUCCCACUCCCUUUACCAUCGCCAAACCCAAACCCAAAUCCAAACCAGACUCAGAAUCCGACACAGACGACGACGACCCCCUCCACCACCUCCUCCUCCACGAUUCCCAAACCUCAUCCCUAUCCACCCACGCGUACGCGACUAGAUUGCGCGCCUACCGAGCCGCGCGGGCGAACAUGGAGGGUAGAGGCGCGUGGAACAGGAUUAGCCUUAUAUCGACGACGGAUCAUCACAGUGAGGUUGAGCCGGAGUUGGGGAAUUACAAGGGUUCGUGAACGUGAGAAUUGGGGAUAUGAGGAGAUGGAAAUGGAAAGGGAGAAAAGAGGGAGG